UUAUUUUAUUAUUUUCUAAUUCUGUCAUUUGCUUGGUUUAAAUAAACAUUUGUAAAAUGUGUUUGUUAAUAUAAAACUCACAAUGAAGCUAGUGCAUAAAAAUAUAGAAAAAGAUGGCUACGGGAGCAUCGGACUCAUUCCUGAAGAGUCCGAGGACAUGUGGCAUGCGUACAACUUGAUUGCUGAAGCUGACGCGGUGACUGCGUCCACGGUGCGGAAGGUGCAGACCGAGUCGUCCACCGGUUCCUCCACAAGCAACAGAGUGAGGACUACUCUGACCAUUCGAGUAGAAAAUAUUGAUUUCGACACACAAGCAUGUAUGCUGAGACUAAAGGGACGAAAUAUUGUCGAAAAUCAAUAUGUGAAGAUGGGUGCAUAUCACACAUUAGAUCUGGAGCUAAACAGGAAAUUUAUACUGCAGAAAAUACUAUGGGACUCCAUUGCACUAGAUCGGGUGGAGAUGGCCUGUGAUCCUGCAGCUAAUGCAGAUGUGGCUGCAGUGGUUAUGCAGGAAGGCCUAGCACAUGUAUGUCUUAUAACACCAUCCAUGACAUUGGUGAGGUCGAAAAUAGAUAUGACUAUUCCAAGGAAAAGGAAGGGUUUUGUUCAACAACAUGAAAAGGGUCUAAAUAAGUUCUAUGAUGCAGUAAUGCAAGGCAUCUUGAGACAUGUUGAUUUCAAUAUAGUGAAAUGUGUGAUACUUGCUUCACCGGGAUUUGUAAAGGAUCAAUAUUUUGAGUACAUGAUGCAGCAGGCUGUUAAGACAGACAACAAACUCCUCAUUGAUAAUAAAGGAAAAUUUUUAUUGGUCAAGGCUUCCUCAGGUUUUAAACAUUCUUUGAAAGAGGUGCUUCAAGAGCCUGCUGUGAUUUCAAAAAUAUCGGACACAAAAGCAGCAAGUGAAGUAAAAUUAUUAGAGAGCUUCUACACUAUGCUGCAGCUGGAACCUGCUAAGGCAUUUUAUGGGAAAAAACAUGUUGAAAGAGCUAAUGAAGCUAUGGCUAUUGAAAUUCUUAUGAUUUCUGAUAAAUUAUUUAGGUGUCAAGACAUACAAAAAAGGAAGGAGUAUGUCACUCUAGUAGAUUCGGUACGCGACAAUGGUGGCGAUGUAAGAAUAUUUUCAAGCAUGCACGUCUCUGGUGAACAACUGGAUCAAUUAACAGGUAUAGCUGCUGUACUUCGAUUUCCAAUGCCAGAGCUUGAAGAAAGUGAUGCUGAAGAUGAGAGUGAUUCUGAAUCUGAUUAGAAUUUGAUUUAUUUACAAGAAUUAUGUACUUAUAAGUAGUUUACCUGAUUGACAGUUGUAAAUUUUUUAUUAAGAAAUUGCGUUAUGUAGUAGAUAAUAUCUGAAAUUAUAUUUUUAUACUUGUUGUGUUUAGUUUAAAAUGUAUCUAGGUAGGAGCAUAUUCUAAAUGUAUAUAAAUU